AUGGCCGGAGCAACACGCUCCCAAGCCGCUGCGGGUGGCUUGCGGAAGGCCAUGACACGUCCACCUCAGAGAACUAGAGCCUCCAUUCUCAGCGAGCGAGCAGGCUCUCCAGCCACUGCUCUAAGGCCUUCCAAUGCAAACACCACUCGUUCUAUUCGAUCACCUAGCGUGCAACCAAGUACGGGACUGAAGCGAAAGGAAAGGGAAUCCGAACUCCAACCGGCUGAGCGGACAAACAUUCAUGUUGUUGUACGGUGUCGGGGUAGGAAUGAUAGAGAAGUCAAGGAAAACAGUGGCGUGGUUGUAUCAACUCCAGGGGUCAAGGGAACAACUCUAGAAUUGUCAAUGGGGCCAAACGCGAUGGGAAACAAAGAAUAUCACUUCGACAAGGUGUUUUCCCCUGCCGCAGAUCAGGCAAUUAUCUACGAGGAUGUCGUGGCUCCAAUUUUGAAUGAGGACACUCUUGGUUUGUUAUCAGAUGCUGCUGGGAUCAUCCCACGCGUGCUAUAUUCCCUUUUUAAGAAACUUGAGGAUAUGGAAAGCUCUGUCAAAUGCUCAUUUAUCGAAUUGUACAACGAGGAACUUCGAGAUCUGCUUUCAUCCGAGGACGGUACAAAGCUGAAAAUAUAUGAGGAUGGCGCAAAGAAGGGCAAUCACGGCACUAUGGUACAGGGCAUGGGUGAAACUUACAUUCAUUCUGCUUCGGCUGGCAUCAAGUUGCUUCAGGAGGGCAGCUACAAACGACAAGUAGCAGCUACAAAAUGCAACGACUUGAGCUCUCGAAGCCAUACGGUGUUUACGAUUACUGUGUUCGUAAAACGAAAAACAGAGAAGGGCGAAGAAUACAUUAGCAGCGGGAAACUUAACUUGGUGGACUUGGCUGGAAGUGAGAAUAUCCAGCGCAGUGGCGCAGAAAACAAGCGAGCCACUGAGGCGGGUUUGAUCAACAAGAGCUUGCUCACUCUGGGAAGGGUAAUCAAUGCUCUGGUAGAUGGAGGCCCUCAUAUACCAUACAGGGAAUCCAAGCUCACGAGACUGCUUCAAGAUUCUUUAGGCGGCCGUACGAAAACGUGUAUUAUAGCCACGGUAUCUCCCGCAAGAAGCAACCUGGAGGAAACUAUUUCAACAUUAGAUUAUGCAUUCCGCGCAAAGAAUAUUCGCAACAAACCCCAAAUCAACUCCACUAUAUCCAAGAAAACUAUGCUGCGAGAAUUCACGACAGAGAUUGAAAAAUUGAAGUGCGAACUAAUCGCGACACGGCAAAGAAAUGGCGUAUAUCUUUCGUCUGGGGCAUAUGAGGAAAUGACCAUUGAAAGCGAGUCUCGUCGCAUUCUCAUUGAAGAGCAAAGAGCAAAAAUCGAAACAAUGGAAGCCAACCUCAAGAAUAAAGUGCAAGAGCUGUUUACUUUAACCAGCAAUUUCAAUGACAUAAAGAAGGAUAACGAAUCCACCAAGCUUUUACUUGACCAGACGGAGGACCUCUUGGAGAAAACAGAUAUUGUGCUCAAAAACACGAAGGAGAGCUUGGAGGAAGAAUCAAUGUUACGAAAAGCUCACCAGGAAACCGAACAAAGCCUCUACAGCAUCGGAACCAGCUUGAUAUCUACCUUGGGAAAGUCGGUCGCCGAUGCUGACGGGCUCCACUCAAAACUACGACGACGGUCAGAUCUGCACGCCUUGAAUAAGAAAACGUGGCAGUCAUCUACCUCGGAAGUAUUGAAUGUUUCGAGAAUGGUGGACGAGCGGAUAGCAGCGUUCCAAAGUCAGCAGUCCAAACUUCUAGAAGAUUUAUCCGCUAGAAUGGAAAGUUUUGUCACUCAAGAGCUAGGUCGUGUCGAUGCUGGUCAUUCGUUUAUUUCUCAGGCGGAGGUUUUGUUCGAGAGCGCAGAAAUAGAAACUAAGGAGCAAACAACCGAGUGUCGGAAUGAAAUGAAUGAAGUCCUGGAAGAAAUCAAAAUUCUGCGGGAAGAUGUUCAAGAGAAAAUUAGCGAAGGAUUGAGGGGACUUUCUGCCGCAGCUGAACGGAUAUCCGGGGAAGUUAUAAAUGAGCUUGGGCGAUUUCACCGUCAGUUGCAUUCCUCGUACAUAUCCCUUGGUGAAGAGUUCAAGUCUAUCAUUGAUAUACUUGUCAGUAGCCUCCGUUUGCAAAAAGAAGAUAUUCACAGGCUUCGGCACCAGUUGCACGAAGCGAACAGCCGAGCAACCGGAAUAAACGAAGCAACCAUGUUGAAGCUACAAGCUACCCUUGAUGAAGAACGAGCUGCAACAGAAACAGAGCGUACCGCACUAUUAUCAGAAAUAAAAAUACUACUGGAUAGAUCAGCGCAGACACAGUCGGAACGACUAGAUGCCAAAGUAAACAGUAUCCGCUCGGACAUGGAAGCUUCUCAUGAUAUACUGAAAGAGGCAGACACUAAAUUCGGCGAGAAAAUGGAUGAAUGGGAGCUCCAAGAAGAUAAAAUUAUAACAGGUGUUCUUUCGUCAGAGUCAACAAUCCGAAGAAAAAUUGAUGAUGAUUGGAAUCACUUUGAUUCACAAAACAAUAAAAUCCAAGAAACUGCAAGAGCGGUACAUCGGGAGACUGAGGGGAUUGUCAACACUCAGAUGGAAGGAAUUGCGACACAAAUGCAAGCUUUGGAUACCUUCGUCAUGAGAGCAAGAUCACAAAAUGAAAUCCAUCACGAGGCACGGAUCGGCACCUUAGAGAAUUUGACAUGUACUAUCCGCGAAUCGUACCAGGGCAUCCAUCAAAACCUGGAUGUGUUUGGCAUCCAAGCUAAAACAUUCCGGGAUAACGUUCUCGAUGAGAAUGAAGCCAUUCUAGAGCCAAUUGAGAAUCUCACCGAAAAUAUUAGAAAGCCCCUUGAGGAGCUGCAAUCGAACUUCCAAUCCAGGUCACUUACAGAAUAUACCAAAACUGGAGAGACGCCCGAAAAAAUGCAGUAUGAUUACCCAUCUACUCUCCCGCGAACAGAGCCACAUGGUACCCUCAUAGCGAGAAUGAGGGGAAUCGAGGAAGAGGAUGAAAACUCAAUGGAUAACAACGCUUCUCCCACUAUCCAUUCUAAUCGUCUGUUCCUCUCUCCAGUUAAGUCUCCCACUAAAGCCAUGGUUUACCAAGAUGGCGGCAACGAGGUAGGGUCCAACAAUCCCCUUACCAAAAUGAACGUCAAGCCAACGUCUUCCUCGUCUACGGGGCUUAGGGAGGUCGAUAUAAACGUCGCCGUGAAACCGCUCUGUAGCGCUUCUUUCACCCAAUCUACAGAUUUUGCGUCAUCAUUCAGAUCGUGCCCGAAUGAAAUUUCAGGAGAUACCACGUGUAAGGAUCUCAUUCCUCCUCCAUCGAAGAGACGUUCUACUUCGUCACCUCUGGCGAAGUCUGAUAUUAUUCCGGGAGCUAGUAAAUUGCCCCAAAAGGUCACUGGUAGGAGGAACUCCACGUUGAAUUGCCUGGGGAUGAUUAUGGAGGGUGGUGAAAACGAGCUUCUGUCGAUACAGUUCGAGAACCAGCUCGUGCAAGGACGGAGGUUGAGAAGGCGCCCUGCUUGA